ACGAAGAUACAGACAAUAAACAAACACAAUAUGCAAAUAUUUCAACCUUAACUUUGUCUCAAAAUGACAACAACUUUUCAAUUUCCUUCUUCCCUAUUCCUGUUUGUUCCAACUUCUUUCAUGUAUUUUUCACCAUUUCCAACUCCUCUCUAACCUCUCCUUCCGAGUCCCGACCCCCUUUUUUCUCUCCAUUCUUCUUCUUUCUCUCUCUUUUUUCCUCCAAAACAUCCUCCGGUCGGGUUCCCUUCCAGAAAACAUGGGUGGCUGUUGCAGCCACGAUGUUUCUGUUCGAGGCAAAGUGGAAAGCGAGGGGGAUGAUGGAGAAUAUGAUUAUGAGGAUGAGAAGAGUAAUGAUCAUGUCACGUAUGAAAAUGAUGGAUCAAUGGUUAAAUUAAGAGGAUUUUCCAAAGCUGUUUCUAUGUAUACUCAACAGGGUAAGAAAGGUAUCAACCAAGAUUCAAUGACUGUUUGGGAGGAUUAUACCGGAGAACAAGGCAUGAUCUUAUGUGGUGUGUUUGAUGGUCAUGGUCCUUUAGGCCACAAGGUUUCGCAGUUUAUUCGCGACAAUCUACCGUUAAAACUGGCUGCAGCAAUCAAAAUGGCGCAACAGAAAGCCAACAGGUACUAUGAUGCGACCGAUGCAGAUACCGAGACUUUUGAGGAUGUCCACAACGUUAGUAACCGUCGCAAUAACAUAUCGCUUGCUUCGUGGGAAGGAUGUUUUCUGAAAUCGUUCGAUGAAAUGGAUGAACAUCUCGCUCAGGAAAUUAAUACUGAUAGCUAUUGUAGCGGUUGCACGGCUGUAACUUUAAUUAAACAGGGUGACCAGUUGAUAGUUGGAAAUUUGGGUGAUUCUCGCGCAAUUCUUUGUACAAGGGAUAGAGAUCAACUUAUACCUGUUCAACUUACCGUUGAUUUAAAACCCGAUAUUCCAAGUGAAGCUUCGAGAAUCUUUAACUGUGAAGGAAGGGUUUUCGCUGCGGAAGAAGAACCAGAUGUAUACAGAAUAUGGAUGCCUGAUGAUGACUGUCCUGGACUAGCCAUGUCAAGAGCCUUCGGAGAUUUUUGCUUAAAAGAUUAUGGCCUAAUUGCAGCUCCAGAUGUGUUUUACAGAAAAAUUACCAAACAAGAUGAAUUUGUUGUCUUGGCAACUGAUGGGAUAUGGGAUGUGCUGACAAACAGUGAAGUAGUAAACAUAGUUGCUUCGGCGCCAAGGAAGUCCAUCGCAGCAAAGUUGUUAGUAAAGCGCGCUGUGAGGGCAUGGAGAUACAAGUAUCCGGGAUCAAAGGUCGACGAUUGUGCAGCCAUAUGUUUGUUUCUUGAUGAUCAACCUGUUUUGUCGCAUUCUCAAUCGAGUAUGAAUAGAAAAAGUCGACAUCAUCGCAGCAGCAAGCGCGCGAAAUCACAGAGAAACGAAGACAACGAAACCGUGGCAGGAAAAGUUGGUGUUGAACUGGAUGAAGAAUGGAAAGCUCUUGGAGGGUUAGCUAGAGCAAACUCAAUAUCAAGACUUCCAAGGCUUGCUAGAAUUAUGAGUAAAAGACAAUCAUCUAAGCGACUUAAUGGAAGUUGAAGGCAUUGUGAUAAGCUCUAAUAAGUCAUUUUGGAGCUCAAAAGUUGUAUAUUUAGGUGGAGAAAAAUGAGGUUGAAGAUUUUAGAACUUAUAUUGGUGUUACCUAAAAAAGGAGUGGAAGUUUUUUUUUUUUUAAUGAUGAUGUGUGGUGAGAAACUUAUCUCAUUUUUCACUCAAAUUUUUAGGGGGUACCAAAAAUUUGGUUAUACCUCAAAUGAUGUAAUGGUUUGCUUUCUUAUAAAACUGUAAGGAGCCACCAUUAAUUAAUUAUUAUUUACCUUAACUGAUAUUCAUAGCAAUAUUUAUGAA